CAGUCAGAAUGAAACUGAACAUGUGCCUGUCCAUUCCUGCGAAACAUGGGUGGUUUCCUUUUGAUGCAAGCUUUAGUUUUUAAAAUGCAUGAUAUGUGAAUACAAUCAGAGAGUAAAUGGACCAUUACUGACUGCAUAAAGUGCUGGGGGAUUGCUAUUCUUUUCCCCUCUGAUGUUCUUGUGGCAUCAUACAAAUAGGUUAGAGGUGCUUUGCCUUGGAAACCUUGACAAUUUCAACUGCUGUAUGAUCCCUGAUUCUUCCGACAGCUACAUGGGUCUGAUACUCCUCUGAGAAAAUGUUCAGAAUCCUGUCAAUCCUGAUAUUGGAAGUGCAACUCUACUUGAUACGAGCUUUUUUCAUAGUUGAAGUUCCUCAGCAACGGUACAUUGCAGAAUAUGGGAGCAACGUGACCAUGGAAUGCAGGUUUCCAGUGGAUGGACAGUUAAAUCUUAAAGACUUAAGUGUCAGUUGGGAGCAAAAAGAGUUAAAAGAGCAAAAAUCAAAAGAGGUUUACACUCUUCAAAAGGGGGAAGAAGACCUUAGAUCCCAGCACAGAGACUAUAGAGGAAGAGCAACAUUGUUACGUGACAAAUUGAAUUUGGGAUAUUCAGUGCUUCAAAUCACCAGUGUAAAGCUCAUGGAUGCAGGAUCUUACCGCUGUCUCAUUGACUAUAGAGGAGCUGAUUACAAGUACAUUACUUUGGAAGUAAAAGCAUCCUACACGAGAAUAAAUGUACAAAUAAUGAGUGAACCUGCAGAAGAGGAGUUGGUUUUAACUUGCCAGUCAGAAGGGUUUCCUCUAGCUGAAGUGUUCUGGCAAAAUGAGAAGAAUCUUAAAGUCAACGUAUCUGUAAAUACCACCUACACAUUGACCACAGAUGGACUAUAUAAUGUAACCAGUAUGCUGACAUUCAAGCCAAAUGCUAAUGAAAACUACAGCUGCACAUUCUGGUCUAAAGAAAAUGAAGAAACUUCUUACAUUUUCACUUUAGCUCGACAAACAACAGUUGUUGGAAAAAAAUCUCUGAAUUUAUUUAUCAUCCCAACCUGUGUAAUAGCGGUUGUUCUCAUAGCUGCAUUAACUAUCUUUCUAAAGAGAAAAUCACUCACAAAGCUCCAUGCCAAAAAAGACAAAAAAAGAAAAUGUCCCCAGUUACAGAAAGAAGACAACAGACACUUGAACCCUGAAACCCAGGACUUAAUCAUGACGAAUGUCACAGAUUCAAGAGACUGCACAGAUGUAUGUCCAUGAAAACUCUUCAUCUGCCAUGCCUGCAGUAUGCACUUUUCAGGCUAGGUCUACACUACCCGCCUGAAUCGGCGGGUAGAAAUCGACCUCUCGGGGAUCGAUUUAUCGCGUCCCAUCGGGACACGACAAUCGAUCCCCUAAUCGACGCUCUUACUCCACCAGCGGAGGUGGGAGUAAGCGCCGCCGACAGGAAGCCGUGGAGGUCGAUUUUGCCGCGGUCCUCACAGCGGGGUAAGUCGGCUGCGAUACGUCGAAUUCAGCUACGCUAUUCACGUAGCUGAAUUUGCGUAUCUUAAAUCGACUCCCCCCUGUAGUGUAGAUGUAGCCUCAGAUCCCUUUUUGAAGACUGCAUAGGGAAAUUACAGCACUUUAGGUCUGGAACAAACAAAGCAAAUUUUUGGUUUUGUCUGUACUAUACCUCUUAAAGGCUCCAUGUGCCUUUUUCCAUGUUAUACCUUAGGGUACGUCUAUACUUACCUCCGGGUUCGGUGGUAAGCAAUUGAUCUUCUGGGAUCGAUUUAUCGUGUCUUGUCUAGACGCGAUAAAUCGAUCCCGGAAGUGCUCACCGUCGACACCGGUACUCCUGCUCCGUGAGAGGAGUAUGCGGAGUCGACGGGGGAGCCUGCCUGCCGCGUGUGGACCCGCAGUAAGUACCUUGUAGUUCGAACUAAGAUACUUUGACUUCAGCUACGUUAUUCACAUAGCUGAAGUUGCGUAUCUUAGUUUGAACUGGGGGGUUAGUGUGGACCAGCCCUUAGAGUUACAGAGAACCAUACUGUUAUUAAAUGUGGUUAACAACUAUUAAGGGAUUAUUGAAGUGUAUACCAUACAUUGUAUGUUUGGGCAUAUUGUUCACCUGAGAACACUGUGUGCACCAAAUAUUUUGUGUUCAAGAAUCCCCUUACUAGCUGAUUUAAUUUCAGGAAUAGAGUCAUGAUACAAAGCUUCGGUCAUGUCUCAUGGGACUCUGAGUAGAGGCUGUAUGUGCCGAUGCCUGGACAAUAAUCUUUUGUAUUCAGAAAUUUCUACAUAUCUAUUUUUCAUGGCCCAAACUUUACAACCCAUAAACUGGAAAUUACCUAGAGCACCAACAGCAAGGAGAUAGACUGAAGAAGUUUCAUUUUACAAUGCUAACAAGAGUCUGAAGUACACAUCAAGCAACAGACCAAAACUACCCCGGAUCAACAUUAUGUCAUACAACCAACAGUUUAAUGUACAGUUUGUUACACUGAUUUCUUUAUAGUUAUUUCUUAUUUGUAGAAGGCAUGUGAUAUUAAUGCUGUUUUACUUUUUUUAGGAGCGACAACUAAAAGUGUAGACUACAAUGCUGUAUCUACUAAAUGUUUUGUUCUAGCACUAGUUUAUUGAAUGGGGAAUUGCAAAGCAAAACUGAACAUUGAAUUAAGUACAGAUUUCUGUGCUGAAUGUGUUUACUAGCCAGGGUGGAGUUUUAACCCUCCUCAGGAACAGAAAGUUAAUCCUCUCCAUGCCAAUCACUGGAUGGAGUUUCUACAUCCCAUCAAAGGAAUGCCUGAGUCACCUAUGAAUAACUGAGUAUAGGGGACCGCCAUGUUUUUAUAGUACCUCCUGGAGUACCAUUUUGGAAAGAAGCUAUGUCUCCACAUUGUGAGCCAAAACCUGACAGAACUUGGUGUAAUUUAUCCACAGAGCUGUGGCUUUUGUGGGCUUUGUCUUCUGGAAAAGGAGUCACUGCUUAGAAGUACCUUGUAGGGUUAAAGAAACAGAGAUACACACAAGCCAGUGAAACCAACUUCUGCCAUAUCUCCACUCCCCACAAAAUACUCGGGUUUGGAGUUUCCCAAAUAUUUUGGCCCAGCUAUAUAAAAAUUGUCACAACAGCGAAGUCAACAUCUUCCUCUUUCUCUACUAGGUCUGGAUUUGGAUACUUGGAAUCUGGUUUCCAAUUACCCGCAUCUUGUGCAGUUAUUUACACCAGGGCAAAGUGGGUGUACAACACUACUUUUCAGAAUCAUAGCAUUUACACCCACUUUGCACUCAUUUUGCCCUGGUUUAAAUGACUACACAAGGUGCAUAGCAAUAGAAAAUUAGAUCCCUGAUGUGUGGCAGGAGCUGACUUACAGAUUCAGCAGUAGUAUUGAUUUUAUGAAUAAUCACUGGUUGAUGGGGAAAGAACAAACUUAAGAGUCAUCUUUGGUUUCCAUGUAUUGCUCUUUUAAAUGUCCAGGUGCCUGUUGUUUGCUGGAAGCAUCUGCCAUUUUCUGUUCAGUUCAGAUGUAGCCUGCUGCAGAGGAGAGAUACACUGACCCAGAUCACAGUGGCCCAGAUUUUCUGCUGACUUUAGCAAAUCAGCUGGGAUGUCAGAGAGUCAGUUAUGGCUAGAGCCCUGUGUGGAUACAAAAUUUGUAUCCACAUCUGAUCCGAGAUGCGCAAAAAUGGUGCACAGAUAUAAAGUGAAUCUCCACAGAUUUGUGGGGCUCUAGUUAUGACUCCCUGCCAGGCCUCAUGUGCAGAGUAGAGAACGCUGGGGACUACUCUAACUUGCAUCAGCUAGCAAUGGUCCAUAAGGGACCAUCCACCAGUGGAGGAUAGCCAAAGUAUAUCAUGCUUCAGCCAUUCCUUCUCUGUGCUUUGUCACAUCUGCUGUGCUAGGGGCUGAAGAGAGAGAGAGGCAUGGGAGUUGGCCCCAUACACACUGGGGACUCCCCUCAUGUCAGGGGUAUACUAAACUGGAAGUUAUGGGCUGUCUCCAUUCUUUUUGCGCUACCAGACCAGUGCAGAGAAUCUGGUGCAUUGUGCUCUCACAUGGAGACUUUAUUUUUGUUCCUUCUUAUUCUUUUGUUUUCCAUAAUCAUAAAAUAAAAGGUUACAAAGUAACUGCCGUGUUAGUCUGUAUCCACAAAAAGAACAGGA